AAAUUCAUCUUCUUGAUAAUUAGGUUCAUAUUUAUAUUUGAUUUUAACUAAACUAACGAUUCAAUAAUGAAAGAUAAAAGGCUUUGAUCAAUUAAAGGUCAAAGGUGACGACCUCUGAUAAUCACUGCUGUUUCAUACUAAACAUGAACUGUUGUUCACCUGUUUCUGCCACUUAAUUUUUUUUAACAUUUUCAUAUGAUUCAAUGAAUUUCUGCUACAACAUUAAUGCUUUGGAAGCUUUUCACAUCUUUGAUCCUGAGGAAAACGUGGAUUUAUUAUCUCAAAGUGACAGCUGAUUUCAGACAAGAGAGAACCUACAGCCUGCACCCUGUCAAACUGACUGAUUAAUCUACGGCUCAGGAUGAAGCUGCAGAACAGAAUCAGAGCUCACCUUUACAGUCACCAUAAUGACAUUUAGUAGAAACAGGGUGGGAAGGACUUUCUAUUUCACUGUUAAAAUCUACUACAGACAGGCCAGACGGGUAACUAGUUCUACAGGGUUAGUGAGACCAGACCUAUAAUGGUGAUGGUUAUUGUUGUUGUUAAUGUUAUUAUUAUUGUGGUGGUGUUGGAGGUCAGAGAGCAGCUGCAAUCUGAUGUUAACAUUGAACAAAAAUAAAAUGUGUCUUCUGGCUGUUUUAGAUCUGAGCACUUCAUAGAUGAGUUUGACAGCAGUGAGGGAGAGAGAAAAGGAGGGAGAGUGACAGAGGGAGAGAGAGAGAGAGAAAGAGAGAGACACAGAGAGGCUGUGAGUGCAAUGCAGGGUGGGAGAGCAGAGGGGACAGUGAAUUAAAGAGGAGGAGCAGCACAGCUCUGAGCUCCUCACUUAUCUGGAAGAUCACAGCUCAGAUGGAGGAGAGUCUGAAAGGAUGACAUCGACUUCCUGAGAGAGGAAGAGAAAGUGAGAGAGCGAGAGAGAGAGAGAAGAAGGGUAGAGAAGCAGACGUUCUCCCCUCAGUUUCCACGCUGUUGCAGGUUGGUCUGUGUCGACAGGAUGGGAGAUAAAGGAACCAGGGUGUUUAAAAAAGCCAGUCCAAAUGGAAAACUCACAGUCUACCUGGGAAAGAGAGACUUUGUGGACCAUGUGGACCUGGUGGAGCCUGUUGACGGUGUUGUGCUGAUUGACCCAGAGUACCUGAAGGAGAGGAAAGUGUUUGUGACUCUGACCUGUGCGUUCCGUUAUGGACGUGAGGACCUGGACGUCCUGGGCUUGACGUUUCGUAAAGACCUGUUUGUGGCUAACGUUCAGGCCUUUCCUUCACUGCCUGAGGAGAAGAAGAGUCUGACUCGUCUGCAGGAACGUUUGAUUAAAAAGCUGGGAGAACAUGCUUAUCCCUUCACCUUCGAGAUUCCUCUGAACCUACCCUGCUCCGUCACCCUGCAGCCUGGACCAGAGGACACUGGGAAGGCCUGUGGUGUUGACUUUGAGGUGAAAGCAUUCUGUGCAGAAAAUGUGGACGAAAAGAUCCAUAAAAGAAACUCGGUUCGUCUGGUGAUCAGGAAGGUGCAGUACGCGCCGGAGAAACCUGGUCCUCAGCCCACGGCAGAGACUACCAGACAGUUCCUGAUGUCAGACAAACCUCUGCAUCUGGAGGCCUCUCUGGACAAGGAGAUCUAUUACCAUGGUGAGCCCAUCAGUGUCAAUGUUCAUGUCACCAACAACACCAACAAGACAGUGAAGAAGAUGAAAAUCUCAGUGAGACAGUACGCAGACAUCUGCCUAUUCAACACGGCCCAGUACAAAUGUCCAGUGGCUACUGAAGAGUCAGAUGAUAUUGUGGCUCCCAGCUCAACCUUCUGUAAAGUCUUCACCCUCACACCGUUCCUAGCCAACAACAGAGAGAAGCGUGGUCUCGCUUUGGACGGAAAACUCAAACAUGAAGACACAAACCUGGCGUCCAGCACCCUCAGGUUGAGAGAAGGAGCCAAUAAGGAAAUUCUGGGCAUCAUUGUCUCUUACAAAGUCAAAGUGAAGCUGGUGGUCUCCAGAGGAGGGCUGCUGGGAGAUCUGGCAGCUAGUGACGUCUCUGUUGAGCUGCCGUUUACGUUGAUGCAUCCGAAGCCGUUAGAAGAGUCUUUCUACAGAGACGGUGAGACAGCUCCUGAUGAAGCUCCGAUCGACACAAAUCUGAUUGAGUUUGACACAAACGACGAUGACAUCAUAUUUGAGGACUUUGCUCGACAGCGACUGAUUGGAGCCAAAGAUGACAAGGAUGAAGAGGAGGAGCCAGUGGAGUCGCCCAAAUUAAAUGACAGAUAAAGGCCGCGAGCUGCUGAUGGAGCUAAUGGAGUCCACCUUUAGGUCUAACCACAGUCCAGACGCCCUCUCCACUCGGCAGUGCUGUGUUAAUGUUCUUGUCAUGUUCGUCUUCUCCCUGAGUCCUGCCAGGGUGUCAAAAUCUAGAAUACCACAGCCUAGACAUCAGUAUUGUUUUAGACUGUCAGACUGCCAGACGGCUGUAGUGUUACACCUGCAGUCACUGUGUUAUAUUGAUGGCUGGUAGCAUGCAUCACUUUGUUCUACGUGUUUCCAUUAGGGACCAAACAGGAGUAACUUUGUGUUGAGAUUAGUCUGGAUGUAUUCUAUUAGAGGGCCACACCACUGCCACCUGUGGCUAACGUGAAACAGUUCACCACCACAACAUGGACGUGGAGCUGAUGAGGCUUCACUGUUCGAGAGGACAAAGCUGCAGAGCAUCCUCUCCAGGAACCUGUAUUUUCCAGAGAGCCGUCAGUCAGUCAGCUGAGAGCAGCGCAGGAUCAUUUGCAUGAAACACUUCAUCGUCAGUUUUGUUCUAUUCUCUCAAGUCUGUCAAUGAAUUCACUAUUUCCUGUUGUCAUGUGUGUUUUUACAUGACGUUUAUGUUGUUGAUGGGAAGAGGUAGAUUGGAAAACAAAAACUGAAGAAUGUUUUAUUGUGGAUAUCAUGUAAACAGGAAGUGUGGUUAAUUUCUUUUUUUUAAUUAUUAUUAAUAAUUAUGAACAAACAAAAAGAUCAGUUUGGAACUUGAACAAACCUGUAUCACUAUGUUGUAUAUCAGAAACAUUUAUUUUAUAAACAACUGAUUUCUUUGAACAUUCCAUCACUCUGUGUGUGUGUGUGUGUGUGUGUGUGUGUGUGUGUGUUUGUGUGUGUGUGUGUAUAUGCUAAGCUGUGCAGACCAGCUUUCAUCGGGAAGUCAAGUGAGGAUAUUUUGAAGGUCCUGAAGAACUUUUAGGGCAUUUUUUUAUUAUUAUAGUUCAAGCAUUUGCAGUUUUAGUGGUACCAUAAGAGUUGGGGUUAGGUUAGCAUCAAAGCGAGGUUAUGGAUUAAGCUUUUAGGAUGGCAAAGGUUGAAGAGGUUAAGAGCAAAGGCAGUUCAUUGUGCAUGAGUAGCUCAUGCGAAAUAAAGAGACAUGCAUGUGUGUGUACCUGACAUAACUAUAACUGUGGGGACAUUUUUGGAUGAAUUUGGGUAAAAUAAAAAUAAGGGUAAGGACUAAGCUCAGAAAUAUAUUUGUAAGGGUUAAGGUUGGGGUAAGAGGCUAGAGAGUGCAUUACAUCAAUGUCCAGUGCUCACAAAUACAAAAAUUGUAUAUGUGUGUGACAUGAUGAGAAUACACUACAGACAUAUCUUAUGUAUUGUAAUAUUUUAUUGUCUUAUAUUUUGGAAAGAUUGAUCAGAAAAAGGUUUAUUGCAUCUUUAAUAAAAUUGAUGUUUGUGAAAAAUGAUUUCUUUUUACAUUAGAAAAACUACACAUUUCAAAGGGAAGGCAGAUCAGAUACACCACAAUCAUAAGUUAAGACCAAAACGACAAUCUAAAUGAGAAUAAUGCCAAAAAAUCUGGGAUUGUUUUUUUAAUUCUCAAAAUGCCUUCAUAAUCUCACAAGUAGCUACACAUUUUUCUAAAUGUUGUAUUAAUUGUGCAUGGUAUGUUUCAGAUUUAUUCAAUUUAAAUGUAAAUGUGAAAAUAUGAAUUUUCCCUGCAUACCACAGUUUGAGAACCACUGCUCUACAAUGAUGAGAAAAAUGCAAAUUGUCCAAUUGUCAUCAUAUUCAUCAU